GCAAACGCUGCGCCUGCUGCUCAACAGAAUGAGGACUCCCCUUGGGGUAAUAUCACGGGCAUAAUCAAGCAAAUGUUCUUCGCUUGGGUUAUUAUGCAAGUUGUCACUAGAUUUUUCGCGUCCAAGACGACACCAGAGGCUCCACCUCAGCCGCAAGUUGCGCAAGUUACACAAGCUACACCAGGCUCUCCUGCAGGGGCUGCACCAGCGGCAGUCAUCACGCAAGCCUAUCCUGCCUGGCCUCUUGGGAUUCCUCUAUCCAUGCACGUCUACCUCACGACUUCUCCCCAUCCGUCCGGCGUAUUCUCUCCUCACAAGGAGGAUCUCCCAUAUUUUGUCUGGGACAACGUUACUUUUGGAGAUUGGGACGACCAUAGGACCGUUGCGUACGAUGUACGCAUCCCAGAGUCCGUCCAGCACAACGGCUCUAUGUGGGCCGACAUCUUCUUGUGCCGAGGUGGUGCCAAUCCGAAUCCGAGCAGUCCCAUGUUUGACCUGGAAGCCGUCCAUCAUGCUAGGAAACUGUUGACCAGAUACUUGCCGAAAGCCAAAGUCCGAAAGGAGAAGAGUCUCCUGAGCUCGAAGGAAGAACUCGAAGCUGAGGAGUCAGAGGCGGACAUUAUCACAUCGCAUUGGCACACAAAUCUCACACUUGCGCUGAUCUCUGAUGCGACAGUAGUCCCCGUCAGUCAGCUGCCUGCUCCUAUCGCGCAGCACGUCACAUUGGCACCAGAGCGGGACGAGACCGGCACCAAGGGCUUCUACAAGCCAAUCAUAUUCCCGAAUGACUUCUGGCACCUCCGCUCGCAAUACAUCGAGAUCAACACGACAACGCCCGUUCUCCCGCUCGAAGUCACCUUCCAGCCGAUGGUAUACUGGAAGUUCCAGCUGUUCGCGCAGAUGGCGCACAGCUUCUCUGAGGCUGCGAAAGAGAAAGGUGCCGCGGGCGGCGCGGAGUUGGACGAGAUCAAGCGGAUGUUGGUCGAGACCAACCCGUGGUUCCUCGGUAUCACCGCGCUCGUGAGCGUGCUCCACGUCUUAUUUGAGUUCCUUGCGUUCAGUUCGGAUGUCGCGCACUGGCGGAAGAAGAAGGAACUCGUUGGAGUCUCCGUUAGAAAGAUUGCCACAAAUGUGGUGGUUCAGAUCAUCAUUCUGUUGUACCUCAUUGAUAAUAACGAGGAUACGAGCUGGAUGAUUCUCAUGGGAUCCGGUGUCGGUGUGCUCGUCGAAGCGUGGAAGAUUACAAAAGCCGUGGACAUAACGAUCGUUUCGUCGCCCCCGGGUUCACUGCUGCCAUACAAAUUUGACAUCAAAGACAAACAUGUUCUCAGUGAGGAUGAGAAGAAGACGCAGGAAUACGACAAGCUAGCGUUCCGAUACGUCGCAUAUGUCACGAUCCCAUGCCUUGCGGCGUACACCGUGUACUCGCUGUUGUACGAGACCCACCGCGGCUGGUACUCAUUUGUCAUCAGCACCCUGACGUCGUUUGUCUACAUGUUUGGCUUCGCACAACUCGUCCCGCAAUUAAUCAUCAACUACAAGCUCAAGAGUGUCGCGCACAUGCCGAUGAAGGCGAUGAUCUACAAGACGCUGUCCACAGUCGUCGACGAUCUGUUUGCGUUCUGCAUCAAGAUGCCGAUAUUGCACAGGCUGGCGUGUUUCCGGGACGACGUCGUCUUCCUGGUAUUCCUGUAUCAGCGGUGGAUAUAUCGGAUUGAUCCCAAGCGGGUGAACGAGUACGGUCAGGUGAUGGCGUCUGACGCCGUUGCCGUUGCGGAGAAAGAGGGCGGGGACGGGAAGGAGAGCAGGAAGAACAGGUAGAACGGCGUUACCUCGAGCAUGGCACAGUUGGGAUGACUGCGGCCGGAGCAUGGGCAGUCCUUCUCGGGUGGUAUGUGAGGCAUCUGAUACUGGUAGCAUGGUUGUGGCCUGGCGUGUUUGCGAAUGCGCGUCCGCCACGCCCAAGGCUGGAUAUCAA